GAUGGCGGCCGCGCAGUGACUGAGGCGGAGCCGGAGGGAGCCGGGCUGGACGGGCCGCACCGCGCCGUCGCUCGUCCCCCUCGGUAGGGCAGAGCGCCUCGCUGCCGGCCGGGUUGCUGAGUGCCUGGAGUCCGGCCACGUCGCGGGGCGCGGUGAGGAGCUGGAACUGAGCCGCCGCAGCACCGGGAGGAGGAGGAGGAGGAGGAGGAAGAAGAAUAUGGCGGCGGAAUCGGUCUGGGAGUGAAGCCGCCGCCUGCGACGGGAGCCCAUGGGGGAGACGGGGCGCUGAGCCCGCCCGCUUCAUCCCGCCCCGGGACAGGCAGUGUCCGCAGGCCCCGGCUGGCCCGGCGGGAAGGACGGCGGCUCCUCGCAGCCCCCGCGCUAACGGACGGCGAGCGAGGGGCUUCGGGCCUGGGCUGCCGUUGCACAAUAGAGCCGAGCUCCGGGCCGGGGCGAGCGGCCCCUCUCCCCCCUGCCUCCCCCCGCCUGCUUCAGCCCGGCCUCGCCGGCCUCCCGCCUGCUUCCCUCGGCAGGGCCUCGGCCUCCAGGGUCGCCGGCUCCUGUCACCCCGGGCCGGCCGCGCGUUGCUGCCCGUGGCAUCUGCUGUCCGCCGCUGCUUCCACUCCCGUGGAUCCUCUUCUCCUCUAGGAUCCCUUCUUCACCGCCUCUCCUGCCUGCCUUUCAUCCUGCAAAGAGCCUCUUUCUGCGGCUCUCCCCUGCGUGGGCUUACUCGCCUUUUGUGCAGCGCCUGACUGUGCCUGGAGCAGCUCCCCUUUCGCAUCUUCAUCUCUUUUCUUAUUCCUCCUCUUCCCCUGCGCCCCCCAAUCCUGUUACCCUCGAUAAUGAGGAUCCCGUUGGAGCACUGAAGAGGAGUAAGAAGAGCUUGCCUGGCGUGCCUCUGUGGGGCUGCUACCUUCUUUCCCGCUCCCCUCCUUUGAGGGGGGCCUAGCCCCCGACCAGCCUCCUGCUCCUCCAGCGAUUGCAAGCCAGAGUGGUGGCUGCGGUGUGGCAGGCGGCAGGAUGACUGAUACCCGGCGGAGGGGGAAGGUUUACACGCUAAAUGAGGACCGCCAGUGGGAUGAUCGAGGCACAGGGCAUGUGUCCUCAUGCUACGUGGAGAGGCUGAAGGGCAUGUCCCUGCUAGUCAGGGCAGAGAGUGAUGGCUCUCUUCUUUUGGAGUCCAAAAUUAACCCGAACACUGCGUACCAGAAGCAACAGGAUACCUUGAUUGUGUGGUCUGAAGCUGAAAAUUAUGAUUUGGCACUUAGCUUUCAAGAAAAAGCAGGAUGUGAUGAAAUAUGGGAAAAAAUAUGUCAGGUUCAAGGCAAAGACCCCUCUGUCGACAUUACUCAGGACCUAGUCGAUGAAUCUGAGGAAGAGCGUUUUGAUGAUAUGUCAUCACCAGGUCUAGAAUUGCCGUCUUGUGAAUUGAGUCGACUAGAAGAAAUUGCAGAACUUGUGGCAUCUUCACUGCCUUCACCAUUACGUCGUGAAAAACUCGCACUAGCACUGGAAAAUGAGGGCUAUAUUAAGAAGCUCUUAGAAAUUUUUCAUGUGUGCGAAGACUUGGAGAACAUUGAAGGACUACACCACUUAUAUGAAAUUAUCAAGGGAAUUUUCCUUUUGAACAGAACUGCACUUUUUGAAGUCAUGUUUUCCGAGGAAUGUAUAAUGGACGUAAUUGGAUGCCUAGAAUAUGAUCCGUCUUUAUCACAGUCACGGAAACACAGGGAAUUUCUGACUAAAACAGCAAAAUUUAAAGAGGUGAUUCCUAUAUCUGAUCCAGAGCUGAAGCAAAAAAUACAUCAGACAUACAGAGUACAGUAUAUUCAAGAUAUGGUCCUACCCACUCCCUCAGUUUUUGAGGAAAAUAUGCUAUCAACACUUCAUUCUUUCAUCUUUUUUAAUAAAGUGGAAAUAGUUGGUAUGUUACAGGAAGAUGAAAAAUUUCUGACAGACUUGUUUGCACAACUAACAGAUGAAGCCACAGAUGAGGAGAAAAGACAGGAAUUGGUAAAUUUCCUGAAAGAGUUUUGUGCAUUCUCUCAAACACUGCAACCUCAAAACAGAGAUGCGUUUUUCAAAACCUUGUCAAAUAUGGGCAUACUGCCAGCACUAGAAGUCAUAUUGGGUAUGGAUGAUGCACAAGUACGAAGUGCAGCCACUGAUAUAUUCUCAUAUUUGGUUGAAUACAACCCAUCCAUGGUACGAGAGUUUGUCAUGCAGGAAGCGCAGCAGAAUGAUGAUGAUAUAUUACUCAUUAACCUCAUUAUAGAACACAUGAUUUGUGACACGGAUCCGGAACUUGGAGGGGCAGUGCUACUCAUGGGUUUACUUCGUACUUUAGUUGAUCCAGAAAAUAUGCUUGCCACUGCCAAUAAAACAGAAAAGACAGAGUUCUUGGGUUUCUUCUACAAACAUUGUAUGCACGUUCUGACAGCCCCUUUAUUGGCCAAUACUACAGAGGACAAGCCUAGCAAAGAUGAUUUUCAGACAGCCCAACUCUUGGCAUUAAUACUGGAAUUGCUAACUUUCUGCGUAGAACAUCAUACUUAUCAUAUAAAGAACUACAUCAUUAACAAAGAUAUCCUGCGAAGGGUACUUGUUCUCAUGGCCUCAAAGCACGCUUUCUUGGCAUUGUGUGCCCUUCGUUUCAAGAGAAAGAUAAUUGGCCUGAAGGAUGAAUUCUACAACCGUUACAUAAUGAAAAGUUUUUUGUUUGAACCUGUGGUCAAAGCAUUUCUAAAUAAUGGUUCCCGUUAUAAUCUGAUGAACUCUGCCAUAAUAGAGAUGUUUGAAUUUAUCAGAGUGGAAGAUAUAAAAUCAUUAACAGCGCAUGUAAUUGAAAAUUACUGGAAGGCACUGGAAGAUGUAGAUUACGUGCAGACAUUCAAAGGACUGAAACUACGAUUUGAGCAACAAAGGGAAAGACAAGAUAAUCCAAAACUUGACAGCAUGCGCUCCAUUUUGAGAAAUCAUAGAUACAGAAGGGAUGCAAGAACCCUGGAGGAUGAGGAGGAGAUGUGGUUUAACACCGAUGAAGACGAUAUGGAAGAUGGAGAGGCGGUGGUGCCCCCUUCUGACAAAACUAAAAAUGAUGAAGAUAUUAUGGACCCAAUCAGUAAAUUCAUGGAAAGGAAAAAAUUAAAAGAGAGUGAAGAAAAGGAAGUUCUUCUGAAAACUAACCUUUCAGGUCGUCAGAGCCCAAGUUUCAAGCUUUCCUUUUCCAGCGGUACAAAAUCUAACCUUACCAGCCAGUCAUCUGCAAGUAAUCUGCCUGGAUCCCCCGGGUCUCCCGGAUCCCCAGGGUCCCCGGGGUCUCCAGGAUCGGUUUCUAAAAGCACAUCUCAGAUGGCAUCUGUUACAACUAAGGGAGGCCUCGUUGGGCUUGUAGAUUAUCCUGAUGAUGAUGAAGAGGAUGAUGAAGAUGAAGAUAAGGAGGAAACUUUACCUUUGUCAAAGAAAGCAAAGCUUGAUUCAUCAUAAUGGCAACUGCUGAAGAACAUGACCAGUUGGGGGAAGGAUAUUUUUUCCGAAAAUAAAACAAACCCAGCAGUGAUCUUUUGUGAAUUACUGUGUGUGACACAGACCAACCUAUACAAACAGAUUUCUGCCAAUCAAGUGCCAAUUCAAAGGAGCAGAAGAAUGGGAAAGAUUUCGUUUAGGGGAAAGACUUAAGCCUUUGGGCUCUCCAGCUUGGACCACAUGUUGCCCUUUUCUCAGGGAAGGAAAUGGAAAAAAAUAAAGCAAAAGAAAACAAAAAUUAAAAAAAAAAAAGCCAACAGGGCAGGAGUUUUGUUCGUGGAACUCUGGAUUGGCUGGUCAGUUGCUACAAUCAGAAUACGCUUUCUUGGACCAUGUAUGAAUGAGACUUCUGAAGAAAAGGCGGGUUUUGCCAUAAUUCUUCACUAGUUAAGAAUGCCAGCAGUUUCUUUGGAUAAAAGAGACCUGCCUUCGAAAUCGUACAUUCUGAACAUUUUAGUCAAGCUACAACAGGUUUUAAAAACCUCUAUGGGGAGGGCCGAAUAUAAAGUUUCCUCUUUUUUUUUUUUUUUUUUAAUCUGUUCCCUUUGCCCUUUAAACUGCAGAAUUUUUUUUUGGAGGUGGGGGAUUUGUUUGUCCCUUCUUGAUUAAAGAUUGAGUGGAAUUCUAGAUGUGGUCACUUUUGUGUCAUAAUUUUUUUUUGCCCCCCCUGAGUGUAUGCUUAGUUGUUGAGUAUAUAUUUGGGACCAUUAAAAUUUUUUGAUGUAAUAUAAUCUCACUGUUGUGCUGGUACCUGUUUCACCCCGUGUAAUUUUGUUCGCAGUUCUUAAUAUGUUCAGGAUUUUAUGGAAGAUGGUAUAGUUUAUAUUGGAAAAAAAAAUAACCGUACCACAAUGUGCAUAAAAGCAAUACUAUUUUGUGACUAAAUAUUUUAUAUUAAAUUUUACAUCGGCAACUGUCUUGAGAAAAAAUUCAGGGAAAUAGGGUGAAAUCAAAAAAGAGAAGCCUAUAAAUAUGAAAUUAGUAUUCCAAAGAGACUUUGAAAUUCGUAACUGAGAACAAUGAUGGUAGACUAACUCAUCAAAAUGCAAGAUGGAUGAUUUAGGAAUACCAGUAUAUUGACUCAUUUGACUUAUAAAAAUAAAUAAAAAAUAAUUAAAGCUGAAGGAAAA